AUGAUGAACCUGAGGAGGGAAACGAAAUUUAUUCUGAAGCUGCGGAGGAGCAUGAGUCAUUGCACAUCUUUAAAUAAUGGAAGAAACAAGUGGACAAUCCGCUCAGGAAUGACAUACCACCACGCCCUCAUCACUAAACGACACCUAAGCCUCCACGAGUAUUUGUCAAUUGACCUGUUGCGAAAGAAUAUGAUUCCCUGUUCACAAGGGUACGCAGCGAAAACUGCAGAGGAAGCGGAGGAGAAGGCACUGGAGCUACAAAGCCUUUGUGGAGACGUGGACUUGGUGAUCAAAGCACAGAUACUGAGUGGAGGAAGAGGAGUAGGGUACUUUAAAGAAAACAAUUUCGAAGGAGGAGUUCACAUCUGUCGUAACAGUACAGAAGUGAAAGAAAUAGCGUCUAAGAUGUUAAACAAUACAUUGGUUACAAAGCAGACAGGAGAGGAGGGAAAGAAGUGCAACACUGUUUUUAUAUGCGAGCGUUUUUACAUAAGGAAGGAAAGGUAUGUUGCUUUUUUACUGGACCGAAGUUCUGAUGGGAUAGUCCUCCUUGGAUCAUCGACAGGAGGUUCCUCUAUUGAAGAAAUUAGCACAAGGAAUCCCGAGGCUAUACACAAAAUGAGUAUAGAUGUACAGAAUGGGUUCACUAGUGGUCAGGCACGUGAAUUUUGUGAAAAGAUUGGGUUCAAAAAUACAGAGUUGGAUAUUGCCACAGAUAUAAUAGCUAAUUUGUAUAAAAUUUUUAAGCGAUACGAUUGUACAUUGCUGGAGAUUAACCCAUUUGCUGAGACCAACGAUGGAAGAGUCUUGUGUUGUGAUGCCAAGCUAAACUUUGACGACAAUGCGGAGUACCGACAGAAGGAAAUAUUUGAGCAGAGAGAUCUGUCACAAGAACAUGCAGAAGAAAUACAAGCCAAGAAAUUCAAUUUAAAUUAUGUUUCCCUUGAUGGGAAUAUUGCUUGUAUGGUAAAUGGGGCAGGGCUAGCUAUGGCUACAUUAGAUCUGAUCGUUCUGCAUAACGGUUCGCCUUCUAACUUUUUAGAUGUUGGUGGUGGGGCAACGGAGGAUGAAAUUACAGAGGCUUUACGAAUUAUUAACAAUAAUGCUAAGGCCAAGGUAUGCUUCAUUAAUAUUUUGGGGGGCAUUAUGAGGUGCGACAUCAUUGCGAGGGGCAUUAUAAAGGCUUUUAAAGAUACUGCCUUUGGGAAGCCACUUAUAAUUAGGCUGGAGGGGACAAACCAGGACGAGGCGGAGGAGCUGCUUCGUCAGUCGGGUGUCAAGUGCAUUUUUUGCCAGGACAUGAACCUCGCCGCGCAGAAGAGCGUAGCCAUUGCGAAUAUUAUUGAGACCGCUGCGCAGGCGGACGUGCAGGUCGCUUUUACGUGA